GCAGAACUUUAAUAUUAGGAACAGGACGACAAAUUAACUCUAGUAGAUUUACUUCACCAUAAGCUUUCAGUCGUUUUGCAACCGACACCUCAUCAAUGAUCCGGGCGAUGUCGGCAAAAGAAAUCCGUGGGAGAUUAUGCAGAGACGCAGUGGACUCCAUUACAGCGGCGCUUUGUUUACCCUGCUAAAUGAAACCGGAAAUACGUCAUCGGGCUCUGUGAAAAGGGCGAAUUCAGUAGUAUUGUAGUAUGUGACACUGGAACCAUCCGCCCUCUAGCGGUCAAAGUGGACGUCUGUCCGUGUUGCGUAACAAAUAUGGCGAUUUAGGUUUGAAAAAUCGAGAUGACAAUGGAAACAAAGGAAAUGUUACAGUUGGUGAUACAAAUAGAAAAACUACACGAGGUUGGAAAUUACGAAGACAUUUUAUGUAUUUUAACAGAUCUUCACAAUGCUCACGUAUCAUUAGUCCAGCUACAAACCACAGACGUUGCCAUUCGUGUUUAUCAGCUUUUAAAGACAUGUCCAGUAACUAAAGUUCGCAAAAGUGCCAAGGGUCUGCUUUCAAAAUGGAAGCGCCUAUACGGUUCACCUUACGAACACAGAAAUAACAAAUUAACUCCAACUGAAAAGGGUGAAUUAAUUUCUGGUACCACAAAGCACCUUGAUCAAAAUGAGAGAGACAGUGAAACAGUUACGAGCCACAAAGUCGAGCACAAUAUCAUACAUCAGGAUCAGGAAACAGGAGACCAUUCUUCUAAAGAUGCCACUAUAUCAACAGUGGAAACUAGUUUGCCAAAACCCAAGGAUCUUGAGACAGUUCCUUCAGGAGAGUCUCCAACCACCUUGACACUUUCACCUCAAACUGGCAGUUUUACAAACUCCACCACUUUGAGAGCCAAGUGUGUGGAGCUACUUCUCCAGGCCAUAAACCCAGAUCAAAAAUCAGACCCUGAGCAGACAGACUUGCUUCACAGCCUGGCUCAGACCAUAGAAACACACAUUUACACAAUCCAUGGCAGCAAUUUACUUAAAUACAAGUCCUGCAUAAGAAGCAAAAUUGCCAACUUGAAGAACAAAAAGAGCCCUCAUCUGCGCCAUGGACUUCUGACCGGCACUCUGGCUUCGGAUGCGUUUGUCCGCAUGAGUGCUGAGGAGAUGGCUGGCGAGGAGCUACGCCGGCUCAGGCAGGACUACACGGAAGCAAGUAUUGGUGAGCACCAAAUGCCGCAUGAACUGGAAGGGACCCCCACAACGAAAGUGCGAUGCCAACGCUGCGAGGGUACAGACUGCAGGAUGACACAAGUUUCCCGUGGCACACUUUUCCUCCCUUCCUGGGUCAAGAGGGACAGUGCAGAUGAGGACGCCUUGACAUUUAUGACUUGUACCACAUGUGGGGCUCAGUGGUAUCAUAAUCGCUGGGUGUGCCUUUGAUUAAGUCUAGAGUUUAGGGCAUUGGUUCUCAGCUUUUUUGUCAGCAGGGUAAACAGUGCCCAAGAGCCAGUUUAGUGGGCAGCAGAAAUUCAGUAAUGUAUAGUUAUUUAUUAUGUAUAGUUCUGUGUGUGUUUUAAUAUUGCCAUUUUUGUUAUAAUACAGACUGUUAUAAUACAAUACAUUUUCUUGUAACACUAACAUUUAAAAAUUCUUUGUCAAUUUAAUGUGUCAAAUUAGUCAGCUAAAAAAAAUCACAAACAAAUGUGGGCUACUUUUGGGGCAUUUAGCAACUAUCUUGUAACAUGCUGCCUACCCCUGUCGGUGAGCUUAGAUUACUGUCUCUCUUUGCUGAGUAUGUAUGUGAAUGUUUGGCAUGCACUGCUGUGACUUUAAAGACUGUUCCUCUUUCAACAAUAAAUAUAUUUUCAGUUUC